UGCUUUAAAAAACCGACCAAGAUCUCGCCUUUCCCUUUGCAUUGAAGCAAAGCAUUGGCCCAGAGACUCCAUUGUUGAUACUCUGUGAGAGCGUGCUUGGAGGGGACGAAGAUGGCGGGGUAUAGAGCUGAGGAUGACUACGAUUACUUGUUCAAGGUGGUGCUCAUUGGGGACUCAGGUGUUGGGAAAUCCAACCUGCUUUCGAGGUUCACUCGCAACGAGUUCAGUCUUGAGUCUAAGUCCACUAUCGGUGUCGAGUUCGCCACUCGUAGCCUCACCGUCGACGGGAAGGUCAUCAAGGCCCAGAUUUGGGACACUGCGGGCCAGGAGAGGUACCGUGCCAUCACCAGCGCUUACUACCGUGGUGCUGUUGGUGCAUUGCUUGUCUACGAUGUCACCAGACACGCCACAUUCGAAAAUGUCGAACGGUGGCUGAGGGAGUUGAGGGACCACACGGAUCCAAACAUUGUUGUGAUGCUUGUAGGGAACAAGGCAGACCUCCGCCACCUUGUCGCGGUGUCUCCCGAAGAUGGGAAAGCUUUUGCCGAGAGGGAGUCCCUCUACUUCAUGGAAACCUCUGCCUUGGAGUCAACAAACGUUGAGAAUGCCUUCUCUGAAGUAUUGACUCAGAUAUACCGGAUCGUGGUUAAGAAAGCGGUUGAGACAGGCGAUGAUGCCGCCCCCGCCGUCCCUGGGAAAGGAGAGAAAAUUAACGUUAAAGACGAUGUUUCGGCUAUGAAGAAGAUUGGUUGCUGCUCUUCUUAGGCACAAAAGAUAUUAAAAAAAGUGUGUUCUUAUAAUAUAUGUCUUUCUAGUGUUUAGCUUUCAUUUGUCAGACUGGAAGGGUUUUAGGAAUUUCCUGUUUCUAUUGCAUUUGUUAUCUUAAAAAGAUCAUGGUUGAAGUUAUGAGGGAAGAAGAACAUUCAUUUGGAAGUGUGCUCAAUUUUCUUUUUUUAACACUUCCUUUUUGCACUUAUUAAUCAUGUCUUUAAUUGCAUCA